ACCGAUAACUACUUCCGGGUCCGGGGGCAGAAGCCAUCAUGGAACCUCUCUGGGUGGCGGGGCUGGCGGAACUUCGGACCAGCAUCUGAAGCGAGUGAGCCGCUGAGCAGCCAGUGGCGCCAGGGAUACGCAGGCUGUCCUUGGAGAGCCACGGCUGCCGCCAUGUCGGUGCUGGGCGAGUACGAGCGACACUGCGAUUCCAUCAACUCGGACUUUGGGAGCGAGUCCGGGGGUGGCGGGGAGUCGGGCCCGGGGCCCAGCGCCAGUGCGGGGCCGCGAGUCGGCGGCGGCGCGGCGGAGCAAGAGGAGCUGCACUACAUCCCCAUCCGCGUUCUGGGCCGCGGCGCCUUCGGGGAGGCCACGCUGUACCGCCGCACCGAGGAUGACUCACUGGUUGUGUGGAAGGAAGUUGAUUUGACCCGGCUGUCUGAGAAAGAACGUCGUGAUGCCUUGAAUGAGAUUGUUAUUCUGGCGCUGCUGCAACAUGACAACAUUAUUGCCUACUACAAUCACUUCAUGGAUAAUACCACCCUGCUGAUUGAGCUAGAAUACUGUAAUGGAGGGAACCUGUAUGACAAAAUCCUUCGUCAGAAGGACAAGUUGUUUGAGGAAGAGAUGGUGGUGUGGUACCUUUUUCAAAUUGUUUCAGCAGUGAGUUGCAUCCAUAAAGCUGGAAUCUUGCAUAGAGAUAUAAAGACAUUAAAUAUUUUUCUGACCAAGGCAAACUUGAUAAAACUUGGAGAUUAUGGUCUAGCAAAGAAACUUAAUUCUGAGUAUUCCAUGGCUGAGACGCUUGUGGGAACCCCAUAUUACAUGUCUCCAGAGCUCUGCCAAGGAGUAAAAUACAAUUUCAAGUCUGAUAUCUGGGCAGUAGGCUGUGUCAUUUUUGAACUGCUUACGCUAAAGAGAACAUUUGAUGCUACCAAUCCACUCAACCUGUGUGUGAAGAUCGUGCAGGGAAUCCGGGCCAUGGAAGUUGAUUCUAGCCAAUACUCUUUGGAGUUGAUCCAGAUGGUUCAUGAGUGCCUUGACCAGAAUCCUGAGCAGAGACCCACUGCAGAUGAACUCUUAGAUCGCCCCCUUCUCAGGAAACGCAGGAGAGAGAUGGAAGCAAAAGUCACUCUGCUUAAUGCACCUACAAAGAGACCAAGGUCAAGCACCGUGACUGAAGCACCCAUUGCUGUGGUAACAUCACGAACCAGUGAAGUCUAUGUUUGGGGUGGUGGGAAAUCCACCCCCCAGAAACUGGAUGUCAUCAAGAGUGGCUGUAGUGCUCGGCAGGUGUGCGCAGGGAUUACCCACUUUGCUGUGGUCACAGUGGAGAAGGAACUGUACACUUGGGUGAACAUGCAAGGGGGUACCAAACUACAUGGUCAACUGGGCCAUGGAGACAAAGCUUCCUAUCGACAACCAAAGCAUGUGGAAAAGUUGCAAGGCAAAGCUAUCCGUCAGGUGUCGUGUGGUGAAGAUUUUACGGUCUGUGUAACAGAUGAGGGUCAGCUCUAUGCCUUUGGAUCAGAUUAUUAUGGUUGCAUAGGGGUAGACAAGAUUGCUGGCUCUGAAGUGCUAGAGCCCAUGCAGUUGAACUUCUUCCUCAGCAAUCCAGUGGAGCAGGUCUCCUGUGGGGAUAAUCACGUGGUGGUCCUGACACGAAACAAGGAAGUCUAUUCUUGGGGCUGUGGCGAACAUGGACGACUGGGUUUGGAUUCAGAAGAGGAUUAUUAUACACCACAGAGGGUGGAUGUUCCCAAGGCUUUGAUUAUUGUUGCAGUUCAGUGUGGUUCUGAUGGGACCUUUCUGCUGACCCAGUCAGGCAAAGUCCUGGCCUGUGGACUCAAUGAGUUCAACAAACUGGGUCUGAAUCAGUGCAUGUCAGGAAUUAUCAACCAUGAAGCAUACCACGAAGUUCCCUACACAACCUCUUUUACCUUGGCCAAACAGUUGUCCUUUUAUAAAAUCCGUACCAUUGCCCCAGGCAAGACUCACACAGCUGCUAUUGAUGAGCGAGGCCGGUUGCUGACAUUUGGCUGCAAUAAGUGUGGGCAGCUGGGUGUUGGGAAUUAUAAGAAGCGCCUGGGAAUCAACCUGUUGGGAGGACCCCUGGGUGGGAAGCAAGUGAUCAGGGUCUCCUGCGGUGAUGAGUUCACCAUUGCUGCCACUGAUGAUAAUCACAUUUUUGCCUGGGGCAAUGGUGGUAAUGGCCGCCUGGCAAUGACCCCCACUGAGAGACCCCAUGGCUCUGAUAUCUGUACCUCAUGGCCUCGCCCUAUUUUUGGAUCUCUGCAUCAUGUCCCAGAUCUGUCUUGCCGUGGCUGGCACACCAUUCUCAUUGUUGAGAAAGUAUUGAAUUCUAAGACCAUCCGUUCUAAUAGCAGCGGCCUCUCCAUUGGAACUGUGGUUCAGAGUUCUAGCCCAGGAAGUGGUGGUGGUGGUGAGGAAGAGGACAGUCAGCAGGAAUCUGAAACUCCUGAUCCAAGUGGAGGCUUUCGAGGAACAAUGGAAGCAGACCGAGGAAUAGAAGGUUUCAUCAGUCCCACAGAACCCAUGGGGAAUAGUUGUGGGGCCAGCAGCUCCUGUCCUGGCUGGCUUCGAAAGGAGCUGGAAAAUGCAGAAUUCAUUCCCAUGCCAGAUAGCUCAUCUCCCCUAAGUGGAGCAUUUUCUGAAUCCGAGAAAGAUACCCUGCCCUAUGAAGAGCUGCAAGGACUCAAAGUAGCCUCCGAAGUGCUUGUGGAGCCUCAGCCCCCUGCAGGAGCCUGGCCACCCCUGCUGACUGCCGAAGUACCCUGUUCUGGGAAGGGAACACCAUUGACCCCUCCUGCCUGUGCAUGUAGCACUCUGCAGGUGGAGGUUGAGAGAUUGCAGGGUCUGGUGUUAAAGUGUCUGGCUGAACAACAGAAGCUACAGCAAGAAAACCUCCAGAUUUUUACCCAACUACAGAAGCUGAACAAGAAAUUAGAAGGAGGUCAGCAGGUGGGGAUGCAUUCCAAAGGAACUCAGACAGCAAAGGAAGAGAUGGAAAUGGAUCCAAAGCCUGACCUAGAUUCAGAUUCCUCCUGGUGCCUCCUGGGAACAGAGUCCUGUCGAUCCAGCCUCUAGUCUCCUGAGCCUACAUAGCCCCCAGGAAACUGGGAUCCAAAGAACUUCACAGCACACUUACUGAGUGCAGAAAGCAGCUUUCCUGGCUUUGUUCACUUGCAGACAAGGGGCGCAAGGCAGAGGCUCUGAAGCACUUUCCUUGUACAUUUGGAGAGUGGCAUUGCCUUUUAGAUAGGAUCUAGAGUGAUUUUCUUGUUUUGGAGAAUAGAAGGGCCCUGUAGCCCUGGCUUUGUCAUCAGUGACUGCCACAGCAGCAGCAGCUCUGUACCUCAUCUGUUGAUCCCACCUUUGAAGAAGAGACACAGUGUUCACUUUAAUUGCGCUGUUAGCAGCUCAUAUCUCAUUUAUCAUUUUCACCAUUGAUUCUAAGCUGCCUUGGGAAUUCAGCACCAGGCAUUGCACCUCUGGAUGGGGAGGGAAAAGUGGAAAGCUGGAGUAGGCUAGGAUCAGGCACGGCCUUCCCAGGGUCCUCUGGAGAAUAGUAAAGUAUUCUGAGCCCUCUCAGGAGCCUUGAGUCCAGGAAAAUUUGGUGGACUCAAUCUAGGGUGAGUUUUCAGAAAGUUCAGUUACUUCAUGCAGCUAAAUGCUUUAGGAGGAAAAGUAGGUUUAGAUUGCUUUUCCUCUGAAGGUUGAUGAAAUGCGUUUAAUGAGAAAUAGAGAAAAGGCAGAUCCAUCCUCAUCACACAGCUUGGGUUUCAGGCUGUGCCAGGUACAGGGUGGGAUUUCCCAGCUCUGAAAAAUGUCUCUGAAGAAGGAAGGAGAGUCUCAGAGAAUUGGGUCAGGCGCCUUAGGCAAGAGCCUUAGGACGAAAUGGAGAGGGGAGGAGUGCCUGCUUCAGUGCUUCUACCUGGCUGUGACACCAAGUCUUCUGCCCUGGCAAGGCUUCUUGUGCCUCUGCCAUCAUGGCUCUGGGGAGUCAUGGCUCUGAUCUUGACGUCAGUAGCCCCAGCCCCUCCCUCUCUGUAUGUCUAGUCAGUAUUUCUCUCCUUUUGGUGUUUUUUGAAGCCAUGUUAUAACCAGUGAAUCUGUAUCAUCUUUUCUACUUGAGUGGCCCAAAGCCAGCACGAAAUCCUGGGGGUCCAGGAAGCCUAAUAGAACAGGUAGAACCUGCCAAGUAAAAGGAAUUUGGCUCCA